GUUUAGGGAAAGGGCCUCACGUGGCCAAUCGCCGGGGUUUGACUUUGUACCUCCAUCCAGAGGCUGCAGUGGGAAUUACAAAAAAGGGAGCGAGCGAGGGAGCCCGGAGGAGGAGGACCAGCGGUGGCGGCGGCGGGCAGAGAGCGAGCCAGAGAACCAGUCAGCGAGCGAGUCAGCGAGGAAGAGGGCGAGGUGGCGGGCCGCUGCGCCCCUCUCCUCUGCGCCAUGGAGGGCUGGGCGCCCUGGCGCCCCGGCUCCGCCGCCCCGGCCCGAGCAGUACUGGCCCACGGGCAGGAGGAGGAGGACGGGGACUGACUGGCCGCACAGCCCAGAGCCCGCUGCAGCCUGCCCGGCCACUUUGGGGACGUGCGCCCUGCCCUGCCCGCAGCCCCGGAGCCGCGAUGGGCGGGAUGAGCCCCUGGAACGUGUUCCUCCAGACUUUCUUCCUGCUGCCCGCGGCCGGAGCCCAGCCCAGGGGUCCCGCGCCUGCGGGGGACUUCUCUCAGGCGGCGGCGGCUCCCGCUCCGGCUCUGGAUGCCUGCAAAGCCGGCACCCAACAGAGUGAGUUGAACUCCUUCUUGUGGACCAUCAAGAGAGAUCCGCCAUCUUACUUUUUCGGCACCAUUCACGUGCCCUACACGCGCGUUUGGGAUUUCAUUCCUGAAAACUCCAAGGCGGCCUUCCAGCAGAGCAGCAUCGUGUACUUCGAGCUGGACCUCACCGACCCCUACACCAUCUCUGCCCUCACCAGCUGCCAGAUGCUGCCACAGGGCGAGAACCUCCAGGACGUGCUCCCCCAGGACAUCUACUGUCGGCUCAAGCGCCACCUGGACUACGUGAAGCUGAUGAUGCCCUCGUGGAUGACGCCGGACCAGCGAGGGAAGGGCCUUUACGCCGAUUACCUCUUCAAUGCCAUCGCGGGCAACUGGGAGAGGAAGAGGCCCGUGUGGGUGAUGCUGAUGGUGAAUUCUCUGACCGAGGUGGACAUCAAGUCCCGGGGGGUGCCGGUGUUGGAUCUGUACCUCGCCCAGGAGGCCGAGCGCCUGAAGAAGCAAACCGGGGCCGUAGAAAAAGUCGAAGAACAGUGUCAUCCUCUGAAUGGGCUGAACUUCUCUCAGGUGAUCUUUGCCCUGAAUCAGACCCUCCUGCAGCAAGAGAGCCUCCGGGCGGGAAGCCUGCAGACCCCCUACACCACGGAGGACCUGAUCAAGCAUUAUAACUGUGGAGACCUCAACUCCAUCAUCUUUAGCCAUGAUAACUCCCAGGUUCCAAAUUUUAUUAAUGCCACACUGCCACCUCAGGAGCGGAUAACGGCUCAAGAGAUUGACAGCUAUUUCCGCCAGGAGCUCAUCUACAAACGGAAUGAGCGGAUGGGGAAGCGAGUGAAGGCUCUCUUAGAGGAGUAUCCUGAUAAGGGCUUCUUCUUUGCCUUCGGUGCUGGUCAUUUCAUGGGCAACGACACAGUGCUUGAUGUUUUGAGGAGAGAAGGGUAUGAGGUAGAACACACCCCUGCCGGACAACCUAUCAACAAUGAAAAGCCCAGGAGAACCCCUUCCACUUUGUCCCCACCACCCCCUGCCCAUGCAUCCAAUGGGAUCUCGCAAGUAUCUGGCCCCCUGGGGUCACCAGGGGAGGAAGAAGAGGAGGAGGAAGAGGAUGAAGAGGAGAUGCUAUUGCCACACUUGCUUCUGCCUGGGAAUGCUGACCUGUUAGAGAAGAUGGACAGGAAGUACAGGAAAAAGAAAAAGAAACAGAUGAAAAAGCAGAGGCUUCGGCAAUUUAGUGAUCUAUGGGUACGCCUGGAGGAGAGUGCUCCAGCCCCACUUCCUCGGAUCCGAAUUGUUAAUGGGUAUAUCACAGUGGAACCUCUGCUGCCAGGCCACAGGAGAUCUCCCCAUGUUCAGACAGUGUCAAACAGUGCCUGCUUGUCACUUUGGACACUUCUAUUUUGGUUGCUGACUUUAGCCCUUCAAACUGAGAUCACGCUUCUCUAAGACUUGUCCCACAGAUGCCAGUUGCCUUUUCUCAGCUUGGCCUUAUACAGAUGGAAAAGAAAACAUUAAAAACAAAACAAAAUACUUUCACACCUGUUACUUGAAUGAAAGAAUCUCAUCCUUCCAGUUUGGGCUGUGUCAGCUUGCUUGACACACCCGUGUGGAAGGCAAAUUUAAUGAAAGCCAUUUAGUUUUAUUCUUCUCUUUUUGAAGAAUGACAUCUAUGCUAUCCCAGAAUGCUUUGGGGAGAUGUAUCAUGUUGUAAGAUAGCUGUAAUUUAGCCCUAUGGAAAUCAUUAAAUACAUUUUGGUCCAGA